UUUUUUUUUUUUUUUUUGGAAAUGAUUGACUCUUUGGCUUCUUGUGAAAUCUGAUCUCUGACAUGCUAAACUUCCCUCCCACCACUGCAAAACGACCCUGCCUACGAUGUGCUGUCAAGAGAUAACAGCUGGAUAAAUGGUGGAUUUAUGGUGAAUGCAGAUUUAGCUACUCAACCCAUCGAAAACAUGUUGUUUUGGUUUAUCCUUGCAGCCGCGGCGGUUUGCCUUUUUUCCCGCUUCCCUUACCUAAUACAAGAUGUCAAGUACAUCGUGAAAAACUUGCGAAUACGUCGCAAAGUCAUGGAGUACAUCGAAACCAACUACACCAUCUUGGACCGCUUUAUGGAGCAGGCGAAAAAGCAGCCGCACAAGCCACUCGUCCUCUUCAAAGAUGAGACGUUCACGUACCAGGACGCCGACCGGCUCAGCAACCAAGCCGCAAGGGUGCUGCUGCAAAGCGGCCUGCUGAAGCAAGGCGACACGGUGACUUUGUUCGUGGCCAACGAGCCCGUGUUCGUGUGGCUCUGGUUGGCUCUCUUCAAACUCGGCUGUUCAGCGGCUCUACUCAACUCCAACAUCAGGUCCAAGUCACUGCUGCAUUGCUUCAAGUGCAGCGGCGCCCAAGUUUUACUGGUCGCUCCAGACUUGCAGAGCGCAGUGGAGGAGGUGCUACCAGAACUAUUGGAGCAGCAGGUGACUGUGUACUUCUUGGGGAACCCGGUGACAUGUGCAGGCGUGCACAGCUUCACCGACAAGAUGAGCAACAUGUCCUCUGAACCGCUCUCUAGAGAGUUAAGAUCAGAUUUGAACAUGCAGAGUCCCGCCGUCUACGUGUACACAUCAGGGACUACUGGUCUCCCUAAGGCAGCAGUGCUUACCCAUACCAAACUAUGGGCCAUGGCUAUGAUUCUUCGCAGUUGUGGAGUAAUCGCAGAUGACGUGCUUUAUAUCAGCCUCCCUCUGUAUCACACCUCGGGAUUUGUUGGAUUCGCAGGAGCAAUUGACUUAGGUAUCACAGUUGCCCUGAAGAGUAAAUUCUCUUCAUCACAGUUCUGGGAUGACUGCAGGAAAUACAAUGUGACUGUAAUACAAUACAUUGGGGAAAUAAUGCGUUUUGUCUGUAACACACCAAAGAAACCUAACGACCGAAACCACAAAGUAAGACUUGCGAUCGGCAACGGCAUCAGAGCCAACGUCUGGAAGGAUUUCUUGAACCGCUUCGGAAAUGUUCAAAUCUUGGAGCUUUAUGGAGCAACGGAAGGGAACUUCGUGUUGAUGAAUUACUGCGGCAAGAUUGGCGCUGUUGGACGAGACAACUUCUUAUACAGAUGGCGUUAUCCAUUUGCAUUGAUCAAGUACGAUGUGGACCUGGGAGAACCUGUGAGGAAUUCAUCUGGUCUCUGCAUCCAAGUUCCCAAAGGUGAGCCUGGCCUUCUUGUUUCCGAGAUAACUGCGAGGGCUCCAUUCUUGGGCUACGCCAGAAACCUGCAGCAGACUGAGAAGAAGAAACUGCACGAUGUCGUCAAGAAAGGUGACGUCUAUUUCAACACGGGUGACUUGAUGCUCAUCGACAAAGACGACUUUAUUUACUUUCAAGACCGGAUCGGUGAUACCUUCAGAUGGAAAGGAGAGAACGUGUCCACUAAUGAAGUGGCUGAUGUCAUCACUCAGGCAGACUGCAUCACUGAGGCAACUGUGUAUGGUGUGGAAGUGCCAGGCAACGAGGGGCGAGUGGGAAUGGCGGCAGUAGCCCUAAAGGACGGGUAUACGUUUGAUUCUGUAGGCAUCUUCAAGCACCUCGAAAGCUUCCUGCCACCUUACGCCAGACCACGCUUUAUAAGGAUUCAGGGCUCUUUGGAUGUCACGGGAACGUUCAAGCUUGUGAAGUCCAGGCUGGUUAAGGAGGGUUUUGACCCCUCUUCCAUAACGGAACCACUCUAUUUUAUGGAUGACAAGGAAAAGAAAUAUGUCCCACUUACCAUGGAGAUCAUCCAUGGAGUUACAUCAGGCAAUAUUAAAAUUUGACUUUUGUUACAUGCUGGCUUUGUAGAAAAUAAGACCUAUUUUUUCAGAUUUUAUAUUGAAUCAUUAUAAUAGAAUGAAACUGGGCAACAAUUUGAAAAAAAAAGUUUUGUUCUUAGGUCUGACUAGUCUUUUGAACUCAUUUUUAGCUGCGGAAUCUAAAACUGAUCUCAGCUGGUCUCUACCACGUCAAGUUCUUUUCUUCACAGCUUAUCUAUUUACAAUGUUGCUACUACAUGCACACAAUUAUAGCUAGAUCUUUUGAUUAAAAAAAAAAAAAAAACUAGUGCUAAAUCAAAAUUGCAGUCAUGCCGGCUGCUUACCUUCUUUUUAUGGCUAGAUUGAAACAAAAGCGGUUGUGCAACAUCUGUAAACGGGGGUUUCCAGGGUAAAACGGACAAAUUAAAAAUAGUUCGGGGGCUUAAUGCGCCAUGAAUCUGCUACGGCAGUAUAUAGACCCUACUCACCAACGUCACAGAAUGACGUGUCGCUGUAUCCGGCCGCCAUAUUGUCCGUCAUUGUUUAUCCGUAUUCUCAAUGGUUUCAAUUUGUCGUGCAAUUUAUAGUGCAAUUCAUGGAAGAUCCGGUGCCUUCAGACACUGUAAACUCAUUGGAUGCGUUGCAUAAAAGGCGUUAUGUGGAAAAGCUUCAGUCUAUCCAUUCGCCAGAUCCAUAUUUGAUGCCUAAAUCGAUAUUUUUCGACCCGCUGUCUUCGCCCUCUCUGCCUGACAUCUGCUACCCUGAUAUGUAUAACUAUCUUGUCCACGCAAAAUCAGCCUAUUCUCACGAAAGUUUGAAAAACUUUAAGAGCAGCACCCUAUGCAACAUUAACCCGUGUGACCCUUUACUUCCAAUUUUCUAAAAUGGCGACAAUCAAUCAAAAAAAAAAAAAAGUUGACUGCGAUGGCCGAUGCUUCAAGGAUACGUGGAUAUUGGACUAUUUCUUCAAUAAAACACGCAACAACUGUGUCUGCCUCAUUUGCAAAGAGACAGUCGCUGUUUUCAAAGAGUUCCAUGUGACGUGAUAAUGAUAUUACCGAACAAGACACGCUGACAUGUACGACAACAUUACAAGGAAGAUACGCAGCGAGAAAUUAUAGCAACUUGAAGCUAGUUUAAUUUCACAGCAGCAGUAUUUUGCAAGAGCCCGAGUGUCGAAAGAGAACGCCACAAAGACGAGACUGUUGAAAUUAUGAAUUUAAAAAAAUAAUAAAGCAAAUGUGACACACAGAAGGGCUUGCUAAAAUUUGUUUAAAUAUAUUGUUUUAUGUAAAUCAGCCAAGGUAGCCCCCCGCAUUUUUACCACACCAAAUCUGGCCCCCUUUGCAAAAGGUUUGGACACACCUGUUUAACUGAUGAUCCGUAGACGAGACCAGCUUCUUUCACUUGGUACCAGCUAAAUAUUAUUCAAAAUGUAAUGAUGGUGGAAGAAAUAAGCAUCUUGAAUUUGAAACUGUAUGUUGUCGGCGAUUAGCCUCGCACUGAUCUUAAUUGUGGUUGUCAGCCCAAAAGCCUCUAAAUAUAUAUUAAAUGCAUCUUACCAGAUAUAAAAUAACUACUACAUAAUUUGUGGUAAUCGUUUGGAGCCCAGUUUUCUCGUCGAAUUGCAGCAGUCCAUCUUGCUCUCCUCUCCGGGUCUCUCGGAAUACGGUAGAACUUCAAGUCUCUCCGUCUAUCUUCUCUGUUAUUGCAACCAACCGCCACACACGCCUUCACCAUUUUGAUUAUUAAUGUUAACGAGCAGAAAAACACGCCAUAAUAGGAGGAAUUUACGUAGCGGUAAUGCGUCAACACGACGAGUUGACGGACAAUAUGGCACGGAGGCGUGGUUGUGACGUCAUGUGAGUAGGGUCUAUAGACAUAUUGUUCUAACAAACACAACAGUUAUUUUGGCUUAAAAUACUGCAGUUUAUUUUAAAGAGGUGUGCAAGACCAGAAACUGCUUUUUCAGCCUUGUCUUUUUGAUUAUUAUUUUUAAUGAAAAAUGGUGAUCCUAUAGUAAAAAAAAAAAAAAAAAAACUUGCUGUGGAAGAUCAUUACAUUACAUUACAUAUCAUUAGAAAUAAUCUUUCUGUUCCGCACCCAACUGUUGGUCACCAACAGCUGUCAGACUUAAAAAUAAGAUAUUGUUCUCCAAUGUAUUUGGUAACAAUCAGUAUAUGUGAUAAACUUCUCAGCUAUGUCAUUGUUUAUAAUGCCAAAUAUCAUGCUUAGUUGAAUUUUCUUUAUGAUGAUUUUGCAAUAAUCUUCUGUUUUGCAUCACUAUUAGAUACAUAAAUGGAUGUAGUUGUCACAUGGUAGUGAGAUUUGAAAGACUCGAGUAAAGCCUAUGUGAAUACUAAUUAGAUCCCCUUCCUGGUUUUAAGUGUAGCCCUGUAGAGCUAGUUGGUCAUUUAAAAUGAGACUGUACUCUACAAGUCAAAUGUUUUAGAGACUGUUCACAAUUCAGUAGGAUGAGAAAUUGCUUCCAACCUUUUGACCAGCAGUGAAUAAUAUUUAAUAUCACAUAAAGUACAAAAAAAAAGAAGUCUCCAGUUGUACUUAGGUGUAAAUGUGAAUUUGAAUACAUGCUUUCGACCAUUAUUAUUGCUCUUAUUUUACAGUACAGAAAAAGUUAUCUAUGUUAGUCCGCUGCUGUCAAAUUGGUGAACAACUAGAGGAUAUUUUCUACAUUUAUGCAUUUGCUUUGCAACACAUUACUACCACUAUUUUUACUUAAUUACUGUAUAGAAGCAAUGAAUUUUGAAAGAAAAUGCAAUAUAACAGAAGUUGUUCCGGCUUCAUAUCAGUCUAAUGUAACAAAAUCAUAAAAACUUUAAAUAAAAUCAUUUUUUCAUCUGAGAUUUGGAUAAUAUGUAUCAUUAUUCAACUUUAUACUGUGUCCAUGAACUGUCUAUUAAAAGGUCCUAAUAAAUGGUCACCAUGUCAAAAAUUGAAAA